ACGCGAAAUUAAUAUUCAUUCUAGACAGUUUUUGCAGUCUCCAUUUUCUGUUCAGAGCGCCAAACAAUGUAACUACUUUAUAUCAAUAAAAUUUCUCAAAAGCGCUCCAAAGUAAGAUCAAACGCAACUUAGUCUCAAUAUCCUAACUUUUUUUUCUGGGUUUAAUUAAAUGCUUGCGAAUAAAAAUUUAUGAAACUAAACUCUUCACAUUGGUCGUCAUUAGUGGCGAAACUGCAGAAUUUUACCUACAUUGUUCGGUAACGUCCUUCCAAAACGCCAGCCUGUAUCUGCAUCAGCACAGUUUUUUUCUCAGUAAAACAUCAAUUGAAGUAAAUUUGCUGGGCUUUUAAAGCUCUAGUCAAUUAGCUCCAGCCAAAGAUAUGAAUAUUUCAUCUGGGGCCUCAAAAACUAUGUUGCCUCGAGAGAAUCACAGCUAAUGUUAGAGAUCAAUUUGUACAAUAAAUCGAAUAAAAUUAGAUAUUGAUCAACUUAAUGGAGUAAAGCCAUUAUCGUUUAGUUUUCACAAAGUCAUAAAUAAUUAACCAACUGUUAAUGAUCGGACUUUUUAUAGCCACUUUUGGAAUAAAUUUGUAUGCGUUGCAGUGCGGUUCAAUCAAAUCCCGAUCAUUCAAGAAACGUUAUGUACCUUGUUAUUAUUUUCAUUGCUUGUAAGUUUGCGACGGUUUUCGGAAAAAUUAGCCCAGUAUCAGAAGCCAGACAUGAAGAGUUGCUUGUAGACUUGAUUAGAAUGGUGCUGGGUAAAGCAGAGAAUGUUUGCUACUUUGAGGACGACAGGUAUGGAGGAGUGCUACCAAGAGCAUUUGCAACCAAGACCUCAAAUUCCUUCGUUAUUCUGGCACAGUCGAAGUGCGAUUUUUAUAUUUUGCAUGUGAAAUUGGAAAACUUGCAAUCUGCCCUCAAGCAUUUGAUUCCUCACACCAAAGUAAUCGUAAUAAAUUCCAAAAGAAAUGACGACUCAUCUCAGUGGACUCUUGAUUCCAAGCUCCUCUAUGAAAGAGGGCUGUUUCCUUUAGCAGUCAGCAGCCCAGAAGGUAGCAAGGUAGUGCAAGUUACCCAUCUGCAAACUAAUACGACGCUACAAGUUCAUCGGGGUGAAAAUUUUUCAUUUCCUUUAGUCACUUGGAGCCCUAAAGACUUUCUGAGGUUCACGGGGAGAAAUAUAGUUAUCACCACAUUCCAUUGCCCGCCCUUUGUGGAAACUACCGAAAAUGGCCUAGAAGGAUUGGAGCAGAAGAUCAUACAUGAACUGGUCCAGGACUGGCCGAUAGAAUAUAAAAUCAUUCCAGAUGAAAAAGGGGUCUUGAUGAACAAAUUCCUGCUAGCAAUUGAAUCUGUGCAAACAGAACAGUCGGAUAUUGCAUUCUGCUUUCUAUGGCAGAGAGUGUUAAUGGAGAGAAAUGUGGAUUUUUCCACUGCAAUGUUUCCGACUUGCGUUACUUUCCUGGUGCACAAACCGAAGCUUUUACAAAGCUACACCUUUUUAUUCCAAGCUUUCCAGGAUAUUAACACGUUCAUUACAUGCCUUUUGACUAUCGCUGUUUUGGAAAUAAUAUAUAAGGUGUUCAUCACUGAUCUUUGGCAAGCUAAAGCGUUAUUCGAGAGGUCCGCAGGAAGUCAUUUAAAACUUCAGCUAACUUCUUCGCGAAUCUGCCUGGUAAUUAUCGUAACUUUUCAUUUCCUGUUCUUUUCCUAUUACUCAGCCAAACUGACUGUUCUAUCGAGUUUUCCGAGAUUUUCUCAGAAUUACAUUCGCUCGUUCACCGAUAUGGUUGAGCAGCAAACUCAAUGGGUCGAGCCGAAGAAUGAUAUCCAAAAAUGGCUAAAAAAGACCAACGACAGCAUUUGCAUGGGAAUAGCUCAAAACUUCCGAAUUGGAGACAACAGAACGGAAAUCAAUAAGAAACUUAAAAGCGGCCAAUAUGGAUUUCUGGUGAAACGAUUCGCUCAGGAUUUCGUCAGUGGUUCGGAGGAACUGGACGACUAUGCGAAAAUCUACCUUCGCCCCAUUCCAGGCUGUUUAGCCACAUUUUACAGUUCAAUAGCGUUCCAGAAAAAUUCCCCAUUUCCUCUCUAUUUGAACAGGAAAAUCAGCAGCAUGUUAGAAAGCGGAAUUGUGAACUAUUGGAGGCAAUUAACGUUGAGGAAACCCGCCUAUGGGUAUUUGAAAAGCUUUAAAAGUUUGUACGUGGAUCAAAUGGUCACCUCCAAAUUCGACAUUGAUAAGUUAUCGGGAAUAUUGUACUUUCUUGUUUUCGGCUUUGGAUUGUCUAUAGUGUGUUUUGUUAAUGAGCUGUUUAACGGCAGAAAAAAACCUGUAAAGUGCAGUAGCAUUAAAAGGGUAAAAACUUAAGCACUUAAAGCACGAAAGCGGUUCUGAAAGUUUUCUCCAAAUAAAAGUAGCUGUUUGUGGAUAAAUGCGUAUAAACGAGAAACUUUGUUUUGAUUCCUUUAAACUUCGCCAGAUUUUCGUCUGGUUAUAGAUAUAAAAAAAUACAAUGCUCUCGUAUUUCUGAUGAAACUAAGACUUUAUAAAAAUAAAAUCUUCAAAAUUUCGUUGCUUAGAACCGGUUUGUUCAUCCUUAGAAAAUAGUAUUUAUCACUGAUAAGUAAUAUAAUAAACGAACAUUUUAAAUGAAUAAUCCGAUACAGCCCUUUGGCGGGGUUGUCAAGUUUAGCCAAGAAACCCAAGUUCUAUGCUUCUUCAGAGGUGUUAUGUAGUUGUGUCGUCAAACGUCAUUCAUUAGCAAACCAAACAUCAAUCAGUUUUAUUAUUGAACACAGAAACAAAUUUGUUAAUUAACGGGGAUUAAUGGCUUCUGGGG